AAAGGGGGAGAGAGAUGGCGACGGCGACGGCGACGGCAACGGCAACGGCAACGGCGGUCGUAAACGAGCCGGAAGCGGCGGUCGUAAAUGAGCCGGAAGCGGCGGUCGUAAAUGAGCCGGAAGCGGCGGAGGUGGUGGCGGUGGGGCGGAGCAAGCGGAACCGCAUCCAGGUCUCCACCAACAAGAAGCCGCUCUUCUUCUACGUCAAUCUCGCCAAGAGGUAUAUGCAGCAGCACAAUGAGAUUGAGCUCUCUGCACUAGGCAUGGCAAUUGGCACGGUCGUCACUGUCGCUGAGAUUUUGAAGAACAAUGGACUUGCCACCGAGAAGAAGAUCCAAACCUCCACGGUCGGCACCAAAGAUGAAGCUAAGGGCCGCCUAGUUCGGAAGGCCAAGAUUGAGAUACUGCUUGGAAAGACGGAGAAUUUUAAUCACCUUGUCUCUACCAACAAAGUAGUUCGACAGGCAACUGAAGCAGAAGAGUGAUGGAGGAGGGAAUUAGCAGCUGGCUGGUGCUGGUGGUUGUUACUGUAAAUAGCACGAGGCUUCCUGUCGGUGCUGCUGACAUGGAUGAGGAGAAUGUCAUACCAUAGAAUAAGUGUUCUGUUUUCUCUUUUCUUCCCCUCUGAGCGCUUCAGAUUUGUGUAACUCCAAUGUCAGCAUGAAUCUUGGUACUCCUUGUACCCGUUCACACUACCUUGGAAACGAAUGAUUUUGAUUGAUUAAAAGGAGAAAGGAAAAGGCUCCCCCCAAACUUUGUGUGCGCGCGCAAACUUGCUUGCAUAAACUUGCGGGUAGCAUUCAACUUGUUAUGAUCGCUAAUUAAUUAUCAUAUCCAACUAGAAUUAAUAGUCAAAUAAUUAUGUUUA